GUCCCUGACCCCUUUGCCCCCCCCAGCCUCCCCCCCUCGCUGUGGGCCGCCCCCCCCGGCCCGUGGGGGGGGCUCAGGACGAGUUCCGGCUCCGGCCCCACAACUUCCUGCGGGGCUGCACCUGGGCCCCCGAUGGCUCCUGUGUGCUGAGCUGCAGCGCUGACAACACCCUGCGCCUCUUCGACCUCCCCCCGCCCCCCGCUGUGGGGCAGCCCCUCCCCCAGCUGGAGCCGGCGCUGCGGGUGCCCGAGGGUGACACCAUCUACGACUACGCCUGGUUCCCACUCAUGGACUCCAGGGAGCCCCAGACCUGCCUGGUGGCCUCCAGCAGCCGGGACAACCCCGUCCACCUCUGGGAUGCCUUCGAUGGGACCCUGAGGGGCUCCUUCCGUGCCUACAACCACCUGGAGGAGCCGGUGGCCCCCCACUCCCUGACCUUCACCCCCGAUGGUUCCCGGCUCCUCGGGGGCUGCGACGGCUCCGUCCGGAUCUUCCCGACGGAGCGGCCGGGGCGGAGCCACCAGGAGCGGGCGCUGCGCCAGGGCGGUCAGGGCCAGCGCGGGCUGAUUGGCUGCCUGGCGGUGAGCCCCAGCCAACCGGUGUUCGCCUGCGGCUCCUAUGGGCGGAGCCUGGGGCUGUACGCGCUGGAAGGGGGCGGGGCCUUGGCGCUCUGGCCCCGCCUCCCCGCGGCCCCCACCCACCUGCGCUUCAGCCCCGAGGGGACCCGGCUCUACGUGGGGGGGCGAAAGGACACCCACAUCCUGUGCUGGGACCUGCGGCUGCCGGAGCGCCCCCUGCUGGCCAUGGAGCGUCACGUGACCACCAACCAGCGCGUGACCUUUGACCUUGACCCGUCGGGCCGGUUCCUGGUGAGCGGUGACACCCGCGGCUUUGUCACCCUGUGGGACACUGAGGGGACCCCCCCGGACCCGGGGGACCCCCCACUGCUGGCCCCAUUGCUGCGGUUCAGGGCCCUGCGGGACUGCAUCAACGGCACCAGUUUACACCCUGAGCUCCCGUUGUUGGCCACGGCCUCGGGGCAGCGGCUGUUCCCGGCGCCGUGGGGCAGUGACGAGGAGGAGGAGGAGGAAGAGGAAGGGCCCCCCCCGGGGGGGGACAAUCGGCUCCAGCUCUGGUGGUGGGGGCAUGAACCCCCCGAGGACAACGGCUGGGGUAUGGCCAUGGACAGCGAGUGGCAACCAAUGGGGGACACCCAUUGUCACCCUAUGGGGGGCACCGACUGUGACGCCGAUUGUCACCCUAUGGGGGACACCCAUUGUCACCCUAUGGGGGGCACCGACUGUGACGCCGAUUGUCACCCUAUGGGGGACACCCAUUGUCACCCUAUGGGGGGCACCGACUGUGACGCCGAUUGUCACCCUAUGGGGGACACCCAUUGUCACCCUAUGGGGGGCACUGACUGUGACGCCGAUUGUCACCCUAUGGGGGACACCCAUUGUCACCCUAUGGGGGGCACCGACUGUGACGCCGAUUGUCACCCUAUGGGGGACACCCAUUGUCACCCUAUGGGGGGCACCGACUGUGACGCCGAUUGUCACCCUAUGGGGGACACCCAUUGUCACCCUAUGGGGGGCACUGACUGUGACGCCGAUUGUCACCCUAUGGGGGACACCCAUUGUCACCCUAUGGGGGGCACCGACUGUGACGCCGAUUGUCACCCUAUGGGGGACACCCAUUGUCACCCUAUGGGGGGCACUGACUGUGACGCCAAUUGUCACCCUAUGGGGGUCACCGACCGUGACGCCGAUUGUCACCCUAUGGGGGACACCGACUGUGAUGCUGAUUGUCACCCUAUUGAGGAUACCCAUUGUCACCCUAUGGGGAGCACCGACUGUGACGCCGAUUGUCACCCUAUUGGGGACACCCAUUGUCACCCUAUUGAGGAUACCCAUUGUCACCCUAUGGGGGACACCCAUUGUCACCCUAUUGAGGAUACCCAUUGUCACCCUAUGGGAGACACCCAUUGUCACCCUAUUGAGGAUACCCAUUGUCACCCUAUGGGGGACACCCAUUGUCACCCCCUUGAGGACACCAGGACAGUGUCUGGUGACUGUCACCCCCCUGGGGACACCGACUGUGAUGCCAGCAUUGACCACCCCACAUCCACUGAGUGUGAGCCCCACGAGGGACACUGAAUGUCAGCCCUAUGGGGCACCGCUCUGUGACACUGUCACCUACAGCCCCACAGCAA